CAAAAAAAAUUGUUUCAUAAAUAUUGCAGCAUAAAAUAUAAUGUUAAAUUAACUUACGUAAAAGUCUUAAUCGGAGAUAUUAACAAAAUAAUGGCAAAGUAUAUAGCACAAAUAAUUGUUUUAGGUGGUCAAGUUAUUGGUAGAGCUUUCGCGAGAGCCUUGAAACAAGAAAUUGCUGCGAGUCAAGAGGCAGCAAAAAGAAAUCAAAAUAGUAGUACCUCAACUAGAGCAGCUACAACGAGGACAGGAUUAACUCUCGAAGAGGCCCAACAAAUUUUAAAUGUAAAUAAACUAGAUCCAGAGGAGAUACAGAAAAACUACCAACAUUUAUUUGCGGUAAAUGACAAGUCUAAAAGCGGUUCCUUUUAUCUUCAAUCAAAAGUUUUCCGAGCGAAAGAGAGGCUCGAUGAAGAGAUUAAAGGUACUGCUAAGCCAGAUCCUGAGGAAAAAAAAGGCUCUAAAGAAAACGAAUGACAGUAAAUCAAAACUUACGUAGCAUUGUUGAAUUCCUGAACACCUGAAUAAAAUAUUUUAGUUAAUAAUCUUAA